GAAGAAGGCAUUAUAAGUGCUAGUAAGGUCUCAUCUCUAGCUCCUGGGGAUCAUGGUUUCCAUAUUCAUCAGUUUGGAGAUUAUACAUCUGGUUGUGUCAGUGCUGGCUCUCAUUUCAAUCCAGCUGGUAAGAAUCAUGGCAGACCCAAAGACGGCGAGAGACACGCUGGUGACCUUGGGAACAUCACAUCCACUGGAGGGGACACUGAAAUUGAGUUGUACGAUGAUCAGAUUCCACUGACUGGCCCCAACAGUAUCAUAGGACGAUCAGUUGUGGUAAGAUUAAGUACAGGGUGUUUGUACAUGUACCGUAAUUCCUAUGAAAAUAUGUCACAUUUAGUUUCAUAUUUGUAAUUUUUUAAAAUGUUU